CUCCUUUCGUCGCUCCAAGAUGGCGGAUGACAGCGAAGUAGAGCUGUUGGUCCGCCGGCGGCGAGGACUAGGGAGCAGCCAUGGACCGGAACAGGACAGCAGGACAGCGGUUCCAGGUACAAGCGUGGAGAAAAAGGAUAAGCCUCUCCCUAGGCUUAACAUUCAUUCUGCAUUUUGGAUAUUGUCAUCGAUAGCUAUUACAUAUUAUGUUGAAUUUUUUAAAAAUGUUAAGGAAAUUAUUCAAAAAGAAAGUGGAUGGUUUGUCCUUGGCAGUUGUUUAUUAGCAGUCAGUCUGUCAGUGGCAUUUUACUGCAUCAUAUUCGAAUGGUAUCAUGGAAUUGCUGACUAUGAAACUAGCUAUCCCACACUCGUUCUCACAACUGCUAGCUUUAUUGCUGCAGCAGUUUGUUUUAACAUUUCCUUAUGGCCUGUGUGGUCAUUUCUGACACCUCCGGUGCUCUUCAUCCAGUUUAUGGGUAUAGUCAUGCUUGUGUCCCUUUUGGGCUAGACCUUUCAGGUUCUUUCUACUCUUGAUGUAAGAGUGAAUUGUCUGGAUUAAAUCAUUCUCCCCAUUUUGAAGUUUGGGGCAACACCUGCUUUCUGCCAUUUCAACUUCAGAUGGAAUACAUAAGGAUCAGCAAGACAGUCAUCAAAUUUCUUCAGUACUGUAGAAAGGAAGAUUUAAUUAGAAGUACAUAGAGAAAACUUCAUUUUUUGUUCCUCAUUCUGUUCUUCACCAUUUCUUGUUGAGCAAUACUGAACCAUUUGCAUUCUAAAAAAGAUACCAAAAGCUGGUUUAAACAAAAUGCUAUUUGUUUGUAGGCUGAACUGCCAGCUGGCAGAAUUUGAAGACCAAACCUGCAGGUAAUAAAGUUUGGACAGUCUAAAAUCUCACCUUCACUGAGCAAAGCAGUUGAACUAAAAUAUGGUUAUGAAAUUAA